AUGGUGGUGGGUGACAACGUGAACGAGACUUUGAACAACACCUUCAUGUCUCUUAUCUCAAGAACUAAUAAAAUGUGCCAGUUCCAAGAAUACCAAUUGAAAAUUAUAUCAACCAUGAAGAAUGGCAGCUGGUUACCUGCUUCAAAACCGCCGGGAUUCCAGGAAGUUAGAAUGGGUUCUAACGAACCUACUUUUCUUUUAAGUGUCUUUUAUGGCGAUCUCAUCGAAUAUAACUUCUUCCAACUGGAACGGAAGUACAAGCCAAAAAUGAGCGAAGAAGACCUCGGGGUGUUCCUGCUGUUUAACUUAGAUGAACUGCAAAUAUUGCUGGACAACAGUGGUCAACUGAAGCAGGUUCUUGGACACACGGGUCUCCAGCGUGUAGACAGAAUGAAAAAGAAAGCGAUGGAGAAGGCCACAGCGGAAUGGACAAGAAUGACUACCAAGUUGAUGCAGGCAUCUACAAAACAGGGAGACACGUUCAACCUCACCUCGAAGGAACUUGAGCGUGGCGAAGCAUUUCAAAUAUGA